ACGUUCUUGCACGUCAGAGUGAGUGAGUGUGAGACGUCCGGGCUUCAGAGGGGUCCCUGAAGGCAGCGCCGGCCCUAGCGGUGAUCGCUCCCUGGAGACUCGAUGGAGAGGGAGCGAGGUGAAGCAGGACCUCACACCGGAUCAUGGCGGCGCCUGUCGGGCGGGACACCUUACCUGAGCACUGGGCGUACGGUGUGUGCGAGGACGGCAGGGUCUUCUUCAUCAACGACGAGACGCGGGCCACCACCUGGCUCCAUCCCAGCUCCGGUGAACCGGUGAACUCCGGACACAUGAUCCGCUCAGAUCUGCCUCGGGGAUGGGAGGAAGGUUUCACGGACCAAGGGGCCAGUUUCUACAUAAAUCAUAACCAGAGGACCACGGCGUUUCGCCAUCCUGUGAGCGGACAGAUUUCUCCAGAGAACAUGGAUUUCAUCCUGCAGGAACAGCCACAGGAUGCUCGCAUUAUGUCCAAACCCGCCGGUGAGCAGCUCUCCAGCACAACAGUCAGCGAGGCCUCCACCACCAUCACCUCCUCCAAUGUGGACACCACCUCUGCCUCUAAGGGCUCCCGGUCCAGUGGCAAGGUGCACAGCUUUGGGAAGAGAGAGCAGGCCAUUAAGAGGAAUCCCAAUGUACCUGUGGUGGUCCGAGGAUGGUUAUACAAACAGCGCCUGGCCUCCAUAACUCGAACAACAGACAGCUCUGGGAUGCGUCUUUGGAAGAGGAAGUGGUUCGUCUUGGCUGAUUUCUGUCUGUUCUAUUACAAAGACAGCAGAGAGGAAUUGGUCUUAGGCAGUAUCCCUCUGCCAAGCUAUGUCAUUUCACCCGUGGGACCUGAGGACCACAUCAGUCGCAAGUAUGCCUUUAAGGCUAGCCACACUGGUAUGCGCUCUUACAUUUACAAGCAGAGCUCUGUGAUUGGCUCACAGGCGGAGCACACUGGGAUGCGGACGUAUUACUUCAGCGCUGACACCCAGGAGGACAUGAACACCUGGCUGAGAGCCAUGAACCAAGCGGCACUGAUGCAGAACCACAGCGAUGCAUUCAUCAGACCAUCUGACAAGUUAGAGAAGUUGAGCAUUUUGCCGCGGCAGGCUGUUCCGCAGACGAACCACGUAAACCACCACAAGACCAAGGCUUCAGAAUCCGACACCACCCAACCAAUCAUCCACGAAGUCCUCCUGGAGCCAAUAUACCGCGAAGCAGAGGAGCGCUGCAGCUUCCACAAAGACUCUCCUGUCACCCCUGUGCUGGAGAACCCCAUAGGAAGCACUGGCCUGGAGAUGGAUACUCACACCUCCCUCCCCUUAAACCUCACACCCACUGCCAUCUUUCAGCAGGACCCCGUAUCGGCCUCGGCACCCGUGUCGAGGGUGCCAUCACGAGCACCAUCACGAGCCGCCUCAACGCUACCAUCCAGCAUCUGCACAAGGAAUGGCUUAGUGCAAACACCCAGCCCCAUUCUGGAGCCCAACGGGAUUGCAGCGGGGACAUACCAGAGGGCCCCGUCGGUGCCCCCUGCUGACACACACCAGCAGGUGCAAAGGAGAAGCACUCUGGAGCAAGUGGAGCAGUGGGUCAAAGUGCAGAAGGCGGAACAAAAAGGCCCCCCAUCCAGAGAAAACACCCUCCCACGUCGCACACCACCAACCCAGCACAGGUUCACCUCUGUGGACGCAUAUCAAACUCUGCCAAAGACCCCUCGGCAGAGUCCCACACCUGCCCGACUCGGCGAGUACAAGUACGCCCAGGACCGCCUGAGCCACUUCCGCCUCACCCCGGAGCAGGGCGUCCCAGGGUCCAACACCGUUUGGCAGUUGUACGAGUGGCAACAGCGUCACCAGUUUCGUCACGGCAGCCCUACGGCGCCUCUCUACACCCCGGCCCCGGACUAUCCCUUCGGUCCCCGCCCCCCAUCGACCGUGCCUCCCUCCUCUUCACUCCCGAGGCCCUCGGGCCCUCCUCGCUGUGUGUCGGUACCACCUUCAUCUGAGGACAUCCCCCCACCGGGGCCCCCACCAGGUACCAGCCGAACCCUAUCACCCACACGGAGGCCGCAUACUCCAGCUGAACGGGUAACAGUCAGACCUGUGGGUGACAGGUCAGUGCUGGACAUCCCCUUCACUGUGUCCCCCCGGAGGACCAAAUCUCAGCUGUUCAAGGCUUCUACCAUCGAGAGACGGUCAAUGACUCCCUCUGGCUACAUCACACACACAGUUAGUGCACCAAGCCUUCAUGGCAAAACGCCCGAGGAGCUCACUCUGCUCCUCAUUCAGCUGCGCCGACAUCAGGCCACGAUGGCCUCCGCACGCCAGCACACAUUAACCCAGCUCCAGCGGCUCAACGGUCCCACAGAACCCUUCCACCACAACCACCUCCUCGCCACUACCACCACUAGCAGCAGCCCCCUCCUCAGCUCUGGUCCCUCUCCUGUGUCCCAGCUUGGACAUGUGGGCCUCGCAGCUAUCCUAGGCCCCUGCAACACUAAGACUGAUGACACCUACAUGCAGCUGAAGAAGGACUUGGAGUAUCUGGACCUAAAGGUCGCUGGAAGUCAGACACUGAAGGAGUCAGGGAAACCUGUCAAGGUUGCAGAAAGUGAUGUGGAUGUGAAAUUGAGUCGGUUAUGUGAGCAGGACAAGAUCUUGAAGGAUCUGGAGGCGAGAAUCAGCUCCCUGAAGGACGACAAGGACAAGCUGGAGAGUGUACUGGACGUGUCCCACCAGCAGAUGGAGCAAUUCCAGGAGCAGCCGGCCCACGCCCACAAGAUCGCCUAUCAGCAGAGGCUGCUGCAGGAAGACCUGGUCACCAUCAGGGCCCAAAUAUCACGCCUCUCCACUGAGAUGGCACAGGCCUGGGAGGAGUACAGCAGGCUGGAGAGAUCAGUAGAGCAGUUGAGGACAGUGCUGCAGACACAUAUGAACCACAGCGCCACCCCUCAGCAAGAGAAAGCUGAGAUGAAGCGUGAGCUGUGGAGGAUCGAAGAUGUGAUGGCAGGACUGAGCGCGAGCAAAGCCAACUACAAGAUCACCAUUGAUUCUGUCCAGAACCCAGAGAGGAAAUUAGUGCCUUCAGUGUCGGACCCUGCAGUGCCUUCUCAUUGCACAGAGGUCCAGCCUCCUCCUCGCAGCUCCAUCCCCAGGAUCCUCUCUCAUACUUUGCCUCACAGCACCGUGCCAAAGUGGUCUCAGGCAGAGGACAGCGCCCCUCCCCGACCACCACUGCCCCGCCUCUAUGACUACGAAGAGACGCCCCCUGUGGUGCCUCCUCUGCCCAAAGAGGCCUCAGUCAUCCGCCAUACGUCGGUGCGUGGACUAAAACGCCAAUCAGAUGAGAGGAAGAGGGACAGGGAGAGUGGGCAGUAUGUCAUCAAUGGAGACAGUAAGGCUGACUUGCGAUCUUACCUGAGUGAACCAGAGCUGCCAGGAAUGAGUCACCACAACACUGGCUCUGACGUUGACUACCAGUAUUUCCCAGGCAAAGGUCUGUCAGCCUCUUCGUCUCUGAACCAGUCCAACAACAUCUCGUCCUACGUCACCCUAAGGAGAGGUCCUGGGAGAGCAGCAGCCAGGGAGAGACCUAAGAGUGCCUUGGAGCGCCUGUCAUCACCUACAGAAGCCUCGCAGCUCCCGAGCAGCCAGCCUCGAGGCCGAAUGACCGCGGAGGAGCAGCUGGAGCGGAUGAAGCGCCACCAGCGCUCGCUGGUCCGCGAGCGCAAGAGGAACCUCAGCCAGGGGGACCGCUCCUGCACGGGCCUCUCCACCGUCACCACCCAGCACUCCUCCUCCAGGAUGCCCUCCACCUCCUCUGAUGCUCCCGCCACCGUGUUUGAUUGGCGAGAGGAGCGACUGGGAGCAGAGGGUCAGAGCGAUGAAGGAUGGAACCAAGUGAGAGAGAGAGGCAGGAUUCAGUCUGAUGAGUGGGUGACGUUGACGGCCACACACGUACGAGAGGUGGACGUGGAGCCGCUCGACUACGACCUGGAUAUCAGCCGAGAGCUGUCCAAACCACAAAAAGUUCCCAUCCCGGAGCGCUACAUAGAGUCUGACCCUGACGAGCCUGUAAGUCCAGAGGAGCUGGUGGAACGCUCUCGUCGGGCCGAGCGCAUCAAGAACCUCCUGGCCAGAUCCAGUGUUCAGAACAUGCAGCCAUCUGCACCACUAGACUUCAGUGAGCUGGACUCGGCCCUGAAGCAGCAGGAGAGGAUCAUGACAGUGUCCCACACGCUGGCUUCAGAGGCAUCGCGCAAGAGCAAACUGGUGGCAGGGCCUGAGUGGCUGGAGAGUCGGUGAGCAUGUCUGGUCAAGCCAAAGCUGCUGCAGAGCACUGACCCGCGCCACCAAACAGGAGGAAGGAGUGAAGGAUCCAAUCAUUUCUCAACUAACCGAUUCACUUGUUACGAAGCCCACUCAUGUGACGAAGAGCUACAUCCAUGUUUCUAACAGUGUGUCGAGUUGUAGUUUUUAAAUAGCCCCAAUUUUUUAUUGCUUCAGCACUUACACUGCACAGUUAAGUCAUAAUUUAUAAACAAGUAAAUUGCUCUUUUUAAAAAGAACAAAAUCUACAAUUUCCUGUUCUGCAGUUUGCUCUAUAUUUUUCUGAGUGACUAAAAUGAGUGAAAUAAAAGCCUGCUCAGAUAACUGCAGUAAUGUUUUCACAUGGUUUAUUUAUUAUGUGGCUUAUUUUUGAUGGUGUUAUUUCUACUGUAUAGUUUCUCAACACUGUCAGCCAACGAUCACGGUCCUGUCGACUUCGAGCAUCAAUAAUAGAAAUAAAAGGAAAGUCAGCACACAAAAUAAAUACUACAUUAA